AUGGGAGGUUUUACCCGUCCCCGUGAAACGCCUCCUGCUGCGGUAUACGUCCCUCACACCGUCUACCUUCUCGAAACCCGUUAUCCAAUCACCGGACAACAAAUCCGAGCAUUCCACUCUUCAGCCCGUCGCACAUAUCCAUCCGAGUCUUAUAACGAAGACCACAUCGUUCCCAACUUCUAUGUCAAGCACAAGAAAGAUCGGAAGCGACAGGCAGACAAGUUGAUGAAAUCACCUGUCACGCCGUCCACCACCUCACCAUCUGCAACCAACACCGCUGGUCUUGACGUUGAGACUGCUGAGCAAGCUGCCCAUGAUCCGGCUCGACAAACUAGAGCCGUCAAAAGACGCAAGCACGAGGAGUCUGCACUUAUGGAACACCUCUCUGACUCCAUCCUUGGCGACGACCUUGUUGCCGGCACGCGCCGCCUGGUCUCCAAGAUUCCUGUCGAACACUACGACAAGGAUGGCAAUCUCGCGCACCCAAGCGGGUUUGUCGUUCCUGGCAAGGGUCACUCGAGCACCAGUGAUGCUGCGCGUGCCAAAGAGCACGCGAGAGACGAGGACGAAGAACGUGCUGCACAGACAGCCUCAGUAGCUGAACGUGUCCUCGAAUCUGAUCCUCGAUUAUUGCCAUUCGAAGUCAGGGAGCCUGAUGGGACAGUGAAGCACCCGAGCGGCUUCGUCCCUCCAACUCCUGCCAACGAGUUCAAGUAUUCCGACAGUGCCAGCCUUGAACGGGGUCUUGCAGGUGCUAUUAGCAGACAGCGCGCCCGUGACGCGGAAAGCAAGAACUCGACGACCAUGAAGGGCCGUGGUUUGCACACCUCUGCCGUAGCGCUUCCCACGUAUCUCAUACAGCCUGUGCCCGUUCCUGAGGUUGACUCUCAGGUCUCACCAGGGCUCUCCGAAAGCGAGCCAGCCCCUGUAGACGCUAUCCGCGCCAAAUACCUCCCGACCCUCGUCGUAGCUAUGGCGCAGGGGCUUUCUGGCGCCCGUGGCGGCUUCGUAGGCAUCCGGUUCUCUCCUCACGAACGAGGACGAGGCGUGGAUGGGGAAGGGCUCGACAAGGCUUUGGACUGGAAUAAGCGCGUUAUUGGUGUCGGGAUCGGCGAUUGGUUUCCCCGUGCGCAGGAGCUGGAGGAGGGGUUCAAGAUACCCGCGGAGGAGGGGGUCGUUACUCCAUAUACCUCUGAGGGGAUGUGAGUGGACAGUGGCCCGUUCGAUGUGUAUGGGCUUGACGAUUGGGGCAGGCGUAUUGGCAACGAGACGGACAAGAAGCUUGCAUACCCGUCGGAGCCUGUGCCUGCUAAAUCGAUUUGAAGGGGAGGCGUAAGCGGGCGAUUGCGAUGCAACACACGCAUGA